CUUGAAUAAACAUUUCCACACCAUGCUGCAAUCUGAUGUGUAUAAAUAGUAGAAGAAAAAGGAUAAGAGGCCUAUCUGAAUGAAUGAAAAUUCUCCGUAUAUACAAAUAAAUUACCAGAAAGAUGAACGGUGUCAUCCAUCUGUCUUUGGCCUUGGUAGCCUUUUCUGUUGUCAGCCAUGGCAACCAUGAUGUCGAUCAUCAUCAUGACCAUCACGACAGAGGCCAAGCUGUUAGCAAGAUCUCUGACAACACUGUUCAGUUUGCAACUGAGCUCUACAAAAUACUGUCUCAAAGAUCAGAUGGCAAGAAUAUUAUCUACUCACCCUGCAGCAUUUCCAUAUUGCUUUCAGUUCUGUUACUAGGGUCAAAAUCUAAAACCCACACUGAGAUUUUAGAGGGCCUCAGUUUUAACCUGACACAGAUUCGGGAAGAGGAGAUCCACCAGGGGUUUCAUGAACUUCUCCAUAUGCUCACACACUCAGAUCAUGAGUUCACACUCGAUAUUGGGCAGGGCCUGUUUUUGAGGGACGACAUACAACCAUUGCAGACAUUUUUAGAGAAGAUCAAGGAAUUUUAUGAAGCAGAAAUCCAAGCCACAAAAUUUCAGGAACCAAAAGAAGCUGAAAAACAGAUCAAUGAUUAUAUAGAGAAAAAAACUCAUGGAAAAAUUGUGCAACUAGUCAAGGACCUUGACAUAGAAACUCGCUUGGUUCUGACUACCUACUCCUACUUUAAAGGCAACUGGAAGACUCCUUUUGAUCCACAGUUAACAAAUGAAGAAGAUUUCUUUGUGGAUCAGAACACAACGGUCAAAGUCCAAAUGAUGCACAGGGAAGGUUGGUUUAACUACUAUAUAGAUGAGAAGCUGUCUUGCACAGUAGUAGGGAUGGACUACAAUGGUACAGCCACCGCAAUUUUUGUUCUGCCUGAUCCUGGAAAAGAGAAGGAAUUGGAAGAGGGUCUAUCAGGAGAUAUUCUGCAUGAAUGGGGAAAGAACCUUCAAAGGCAUACAGCAAGAGUCUCCAUCCCCAAGUUAAAUCUUUCAGCUACUUACAGUUUAAAGGAUCCCCUUGGCCAACUUGGUAUUACUGAACUCUUUACUGACCAUGCUGAUCUGUCUGGAAUCACUGAGCAGCCCUUGAAAUUGUCUAAAGUUACCCAUAAGGUUGUGUUGACUGUUGAUGAAGGUGGAACUGAGGCAGCAGCAGCCACUGCUGGAGAAGCCGUUCCUAUGUCACUGCCUCCGAAAAUUGUAUUUAACCAUCCUUUCCUAAUGUUCCUCAUAGAAAAGAGUGUCACAACUAUAAUAACUAUGGCCAAGAUAAUAAACCCAACUCAGCAGUAAAAAAAAAAAAGGAGUGCAAUAGAUUCCAAAUACAGUCCCAAAAUAAAGCAUCACUGUAACACA